AUGGAGUCUGCGGCGGCGAGCGCCUUCCUGAGGACCGUGAUGGGGAAGCUCUUCCAGGUGCUGGAGAAGGAGUACAACAAGCAGAAGGGCCUCCGGCAGGAGACCCUCUCCAUCCAGCAGGACGUCCGCAUGAUCGCCGCCGCCAUGGACGACAGCCUCCACGCCCUGGGCCGUGGCGAGCGCCGCACGGCCGUCGCCAGACUGUACCGGGAGGAGAUGCUUGGCCUGGUGCACGACGCCCAGGACUGCAUCGACCGCAUCCUGAAACGCCUCACCUGCAGGCCCCGCGGCGGCGGUGGAGUGGCGCUGGUCCGCCGGGUCGCCCACGAGAUCAAGAAGGUGCAGAGCCGCUCAGGCUUCGCCGACGAGAUCCGGAAGCUCAAGGCCCGCCUCAAGCAGGCGCACGAGCGCGUCGUCGGUAUCCCCAUGGCCGCCGCUGCCGCCACCGUCUGCCACGAUUUCGCCACGGCGGCGCCAUUGUAUCGCGUGGCGCGCAACCCGGUGGGCCUCGGGAGGCCGGUGGAGGAGCUCCUCUCGCUGCUGGACGAGGUGGAGGGCGAGCCGGAGCAGCUGAGGGUGAUCUCCGUGGUGGGGUUCGGCGGCCUGGGGAAGACCACUCUCGCGAGGGCGGUGUACGAGGCCCCUGACGCCGUGGAGAAAUUCCACUGCCGUGCUUGGGUUUCCGCCGGUCGGUGGUCGCCGGAGAACAACGGCGGCGGGGUCAGGGAGAUCCUGCGCGAUCUACUCUGGCAAGUUCGUCCCAAAGACUCCAUGGAUGUUGUUGCUGAUGAUGGCCAACGUAUGGAAGCCUUGCUCAGUGAAUACCUCAAGGAUAAGAGGUACUUAAUUGUCAUACACGGCAUCGUGAUGGAGCAAUGGAUGCAGCUAAAGUUCAUUUUCGAAGACAACGGCAAAAGCAGCAGAAUCCUACUGACCACAGCUAUUCAGUCAACAGCUAAAAGAUGCAGCGAUGACAAUGGUUAUGUGUACCAACUGAACACACUUGGUGAAGAGGACUCCAAGGAAAUAGCUCUUCAGGGGGUACGAUCACCUGAGCUGGAGCAGGGCUCGACGGCGCUGCUGAAGAAAUGCGGCGGUCUUCCACUUGCUCUUGUCAGUGUCUCUGAUUUCCUGAAAUGUUCAGCUGAGCCUACAGGGGAGCGCUGUGCAAAACUAUGCCGCAACCUGGGUUCUCAUCUGAGAGAGAAGGAUGACUAUGACAACUUCACGGAGCUGAGAAAGGUGCUGAUGCAUAACUAUGACAGUUUGUCUGUGUAUGAUAUGACCUGCUUGCUAUACCUCGGUGUGUUUCCUAUCAAUCGUCCACUCAAGAAGAAAGUUGUCAUCAGGCGGUGGUUAGCUGAAGGAUACGCACGGAGUGAUUCCCUUUGCAGCGAAGAGGACAUUGCAGAUAAGACUUUCGAGGAGCUUAUUGACCGGAACAUCAUCCAGUCUAUUGAUACAAGAGACAAUACACAAGUGAAGACGUGCAGGACUCAUGGCAUUAUGCAUGAGUUUGCGCUACACAAGUCCAUGUCACAGGGGUUCAUCGCGACAUCGUCUCGUGAUCAUCCAAGACCAAGUGCCUAUGUUAAUAAUGUUUACCACCUUUCUAUCCACGGUGGCAAUCUGACAGAUAGUGAGGCAUCUGACGUGGAUAUAUCUCGUGUUCGGUCUUUGACAGUCUUUGGGAAAGCAGGUGAUGCUAUUUCUCAUGUCCGUAAGUGCAAACUGCUGCGAGUCUUGGAUCUGGAAGAAUGCAGUGAUCUGGAAGACAGUCACCUCAAACACAUAGGCAAACUGUGGCAUCUGACAUAUCUAAGUGUUGGGGGCACUAUUGGGAAGCUUCCGAGCAGCAUCGAUGGACUACAUUGCUUAGAGACCCUGGAUUUAAGGAGAACCAAGAUAAAGACAUUGCCCAUUGAGGCUAUCAUGCUGUACCACUUAGCCCAUCUGUUUGGAAAGUUAACGGUUGACAGAGACGAUCUGAACAAUGCAAAGAAGAUGACCAAAGUGAUGAAGUUCUUAUCUGGAAACAAGAGUAACCUGAAGACUUUAGCUGGUUUUGUCGCGAACGAGAGGCAAGGGUUUCUUGAACUUAUGGUUCACAUGAGAAAUCUGAGAAAGGUUAAGAUAUGGUGUGGCCCAGUUGCCAAUGGAAGUAACUACACCACAGAUCUUUCGGAGGCCAUUCAGGAAUUCACCAAAGUCCCCAUGGACAGUAUGGACGCCCGUUCUCUGUCACUUGAUUCAGAAGAAUGCUCCGAAGACUUGCUGAGUUCGCUUGAUUUCAAGCCAUGCCCUGAAGAUUCCAAAUAUGAUGUAAGGUCGCUCAAGCUACGUGGCAAGCUACUCCAGUUACCCCCAUUUGUUCCCUUGCUGUCAGGUCUGACUGAACUGUCUAUUUCAUCAGCUAUUUUGACAAGGGAUCUUCUAUCUGCUCUGCUCAGUUUGAGCAACUUGCUUUACCUCAAGUUGAUCACUAAUGAGCUUGAGAAUUUUGAACUGAGAUCAGGGGCAUUCCCAAGCCUGCGGCGUCUGUGCUUUGUGGUGCAAAGUCUCACUUCAGCUCUGCCAGCAAUCAAACAAGGUGCUCUGCCGUACCUUGUCUCACUCCAGCUGCUUUGCCCAGGUCUAGUUGGUCUUUCGGGCAUCCAAAUCAGACACCUCAAACAUCUCAAGGAGGUCACCAUUGACUCGGGAGUGCCUGGCGAAACAAGACAAGACUGGGAGCAAGCAACAAAGAACCACCCGAAUAGGCCAAGAUUCAUGUUGCACAAAAGUGAUGUUCGAGUGGAAAGCGAGGGACCGGGGAAUGAAGAGGCUUCAGCCGUGAGGGAGAAGAGGAAGAUAUGUGUAGUCCAACCAAGUUUGGAUGACGGACUGGAUUCUAGUCUCAAGAAGAUGAGGCUUUCAUCAGACUCUUCUUCGCGUCUUCAACUGCACGGCCUCGCGACGGAGCUCAUGAACGCCCUCAUGGUUUCCACGGAGGCAUCUCUCUGA